AUGUCUAGUAUUCCAACAGUUACUUUUUAUAAUGGAAAUAAAAUCCCAAUGCUCGGCUUGGGGACAUGGAGAGCAAUUCCUGGCUUGGUAGGGCAAGCAGUAAAAGACGCUAUAGACGUCGGGUACCGUCACUUCGACUGUGCUCUGGUUUACGGAAAUGAAAAAGAAAUCGGUGAUGCCAUACGAGCUAAGAUAGACGAAGGAGUUGUCAAACGCGAGGAUUUGUUCAUAACAUCAAAGCUGUGGAACACUUACCACAAAACUGAGUCAGUAGAAAAAGGAAUCAGAAAAAAAAUCGGUGAUGCCAUACGAGCUAAGAUAGACGAAGGAGUUGUCAAACGCGAGGAUUUGUUCAUAACAUCAAAGCUGUGGAACACUUACCACAAAACUGAGUCAGUAGAAAAAGGAAUCAGAAAAAGUUUAACUGAUUUUGGUCUCGAUUACUUGGAUCUCUACUUGGUCCACUGGCCCAUCGCUUAUAAGGAGACCGAUGAGUUGUUCCCAGUUAAUCCUGAUGGCACUCCAGCAGCUACAGACACCGACUACCUCGACACCUGGAAGGGAAUGGAAGGCGUUUUUGAAAAAGGACUGGCUAAAAAUAUCGGAAUCAGCAAUUUCAAUUCCGAGCAAAUCACUCGUUUGUUGGCCAACUGCAAAAUCAAGCCUGUCACCAAUCAAAUCGAAUGCCAUCCGUACUUGACUCAACAAAAAUUGUCAGCAUUUUGCAAAGAACGCGACAUUGUCAUUACAGCCUAUGCUCCUCUGGGAUCUCGUGACCGUCCUUGGGCCAAGCCAGAGGAACCAAUCCUGCUGGAUAACCCUCAGCUAAUAGAAAUGGCUAAGAAGUACAACAAAACAACUGCGCAAAUCGUCAUCCGUUAUCAAAUUGACCGUGGGCAUGCCGUUAUCCCGAAAACGUCAACAAAAAGCCGUCUAACGGAAAAUUUCAGAGUCUUUGAUUUCAAAUUAAACGAGGAGGAUAUCGCGUACAUAAACGGGAUGGAUGUAGCAGGAAGAUUCGUUGCUAUAAAAGACCGAGCUGCAUGCCCAAAUUAUCCAUUUAAUAUUCCGUUCUGA